AUGAACCAGCUCCACACCGACACCGACCGGCGCGGAGAUAUCUCGACGCCGCACGAGGAUCCCGGGACCGGAAUUGUCCAGGCUUGGCUCGAUGACCCAAUUGUUCGGUUUCGCCGGCUCCGGGAGGGGAUUGCCGCGCUCGGUAACGAGGGUCUUCGAGGGGGAGACGCUGCUGCGGCCGACCUGGUCGAGCGGAUGAAGGGCGAGGUCGAGCAGAUCAAGGCGCUUCGGCUGUUCGAAGACCAUUUGCGGCUUCACAACGAGUUCAAUACGCGCGGGGCACUCGAACGAAUCGCCUUCCACGCUUCGCUGAACCAGUACGUCCCGUACUCAUACGGCGAAGGGGAAGGAGUGCAGCGCACGCUCGAUGCUCUCGCACAGCGCCCCGAGUUCUCAGCAAUCGUCAAGAAGGAGGCCGACGCUCGCCAGCUCGUGCCGGAUCAAGUCGUGUUUUAUGCUAGGUUUUUGGUGUCCAGGGUCGCGGAAUACUCAGGCGGCAAUAAUGGCACUGCUGUCGUCGUAGCCAGAGACUAUCCCAGAUACAUGUGUGCCACUCUGGUUGCGUACCUCAAGCUACAAGAUACCUGGCCUCAUGCAUUGAAAUGGAGGGAGGAGUAG